AUAAUAAUCUAAAUGAAUAUAAAAUAUAUAUUAAUCAAUUAUAUUUGGAAUCACAAAUACAAAUGAAUCUUCAACAAUUUAUUGAUCAAAUGCCUAUUAUUAUUCAAUUUAUAGAUUUUAAAACUGAAUUAUAUCGACAAAUAAAUUUAGAAACAUCUCUUAAAAUUUUACAACAAACUCUAAAUUCAUUACCAUUUUUAAAAAUAACAAAAUUAAUCUAUGAUCUUAGUCAAUUUUAUCGUCUUCUACAUCAAAAUUAUUCAAAAUUAAUUGAACAAAAUGAAUUUUUAACAAUAACAUUACAAGAAUUAUAUGAUCGAGGUCAAAAAUAUUAUAAUAAUUCUAAUUAUCAACAAAAUAAAAAUGAAGAUAAAACACAUCGAUCAAUUAUUGAAAAUGGAAUUGAAGCUGUCAAAAUUUAUCAUCAAUUUUCUAAUGGUUUUAUUCGACCGGGUGCUUGUGAUGAAACUCAACAUUUUUCAAUCAUUACAUUUGAUACACCAGUUAGUUAUUUAGUUACAAAUGAAAAUCAUGACGAAGGCGAUAUUAUUAUGCGCAUACUCAGUGUCUUAGUUGAUUAUCACAAUAGUUUAUUAGACUUAUUGGAAGAUGAAUUAAAAAAUAAUGAAAAUCAUACUGUUGGUUCUCUGAGAAACUUGAUCAAAGAAUUAACAUCAAAAAAUAUCUCAAUUUUACAAAUUGCAAAUGAUAAUACAGGCGUAAUUAAUUUGAAUGAAAAAGAUUGUCUAUGGAUUGAACAAUUAUCUCAAGCAAGUCUUAUUCAUAAUACAGAACAAUACUUCAUUACAUCAGGUUCACGAAUAAAGUUUGAUUUUGUCUAUAUUCAAUCACAGAUUAUUCGAACAUAUCUUCUAUUUUGUCGAAUCGAUUAUCAUCAUUUUAUUCAAAAAUAUCAAUGUCACACAAAAAGAAAAUCAACAAUAAAUGUUGAAUAUUUAAAUCUCGAUAAAAAAUAUUUGAUUCGAUUAAGUGAUGAGCAACUUGAAAAUGAAUGGAAUCAUUUGAAAGAUAUUUUAUUAGAUAAACUUUAUUAUUCUCAUAAUCUUCUAAGACAAAUAGCAUUAACAUUAAAAGAUCAACAAAAUGAUUUUUCAUCAAAUAAUAUCUUUGAAUUUAUUAGAAUGAUUGAUUAUGAUAAUGAUAUUCUUCAACGAUUAGAACAAUAUGAAAUAAAAGAUUUUCAAUUAUGUUAUAUUGAUCAUGUUAUUGAAAUCUACAAAGAAUCUAUUAGUGGAUUUCAACAUUUGUCUACAGAUAUUCCACCAUUACUUCGAGUUCGUAUUGAUUCUGAAGUAAAUGAAGAAUUGAUUCAAAAAUUAAAUGACAACAUAUUUAAUAUGGAUGACAAUAAUGAUAUAGACAAAAUUCAAAUAAAAAUUCAUAUAAUUACAAAAUUUCUUAAUGAAUUAAAAGAUAUUGAAGAUAAUCUUCAACAAAAAUCUACACAAUCAUUAAUUGAAAUAUGUCAAUAUUUAGCAAUCGAUAAUCCAAUUAUUUUAUGGUUACCAAAUAGAAUUAAAUGUGAAAAUUAUGUUGAUCUUUAUAUUCAUUUAAUUUGUACAAGAUCAAAACUUCAAGAAAAAAAAUUUAACAUAGAAAAACAACAAAUAAAAUUAUGGAAUGAAAAUCUUAAUUCACAUGAACAACAAGAUCAAUUAGAAAAUCAUUUUUAUCAAUAUUUAAAUUUACAAUAUGAUAAACAAAAUAUGAAUGAAAUAAACACUUGGAAAAUUACUUCAGAAUCAAACUUUGAUUUAAAAAAUCAAUAUUAUUUACAUCAUAUAGAUUCAUCUGUAAAUCAACAAGAAAAUAAAUCUAAAGAUUUCUCUGAAAAUGAUAUUAAAUAUAUAUCUUUAAUGACAUUAAAUUUAAAAUCGGUUCCAUAUACAUCAUCAAUAUUUUUUCAACAAAUACAUAAAUAUCGAGAAGAACCAUCAAUAAAAUCAAUUAUUUCAAAUAAAGCACAAAAAUUUACAAUUAUACAUCCAAAUGGAGAAUCAAAAACAUAUUUAUGGAAAAAUGAAAAUUUUUGUGAAAAAUUACAAAUGUUAUUUAAUGAGAAAAAAUAUGAUCACGAUUUGCUUGUUGUUGUCAAUAAAAAUGAAAUUUUUAUUGAUUUUACAAAGAAUAAUUAUCGAUCAUCAUCAGAUCCAUCACUUUUAGAAUAUUAUAUUAUUGAAAAACAAUACUUGAUUCAAAUUCAAAUUCAUUUUCGAUCAAAUAUAUCUGAAUAUUUCACUACAUCGAAAUGUAAAAUUUCAACUAUUAUUCAUCAUUUUAUUGAUGAGAAACAACUUGAAUCUUUAUCAUCAGAUAGAAUUCUUUGUUUCUUUGAUGAAUUUGGCAAAUGUAUUGAUGAUGGAAUCAUCAAUGAUCUUUGUAAAACACAUCAUAAAACAGUAUUAAUUUUCGUAACAGAAGAAAUACCAAAUGCUAACAUUCUAUAUGAACUUGCUUUACAUUACAAUGAAGAUCAAAAUCAAAUGAUGAGUUUAUUUUAUUCAACAACAAAAUGGCAACAAAUUAAUCUUUGGCUAAAAACUCUUUUACAUCUAAUUGAUCCUUCUGUUGAUGAUUAUAUGUUUUUAAUCCGAGAAAAGAAAACAAUUCUUGAUAAUGAUCAAAGUAUUUUAUCAACAUUCGAUCAAACAGAAUCAAUGAUAAUCGAUAUUAUUAAUCGAAAUAUUGUAACUAAAGUUCAGUUUACAUUUGAAACAAAUAAUUACUCUAAUUAUGCUUUAAAAUCAACGAAAAUUUCUUCUUUAUUAAAUAACGAAAAUAUUCUUGAAUACUUAAAUUUAACUGAUCUAUCUUUUGAUGAUUGUCUUCUUGUCGUGAAAGGAAGCAAUGAACAUAUAUUAACAAAAGAAGAUCUUCAAAAAUCUAUAGAUACUUAUUCAAUUACUGAAAAUGAACCCAUUCAUUUUCAAAUAAUGACCUUAGUACAAAUAACAAAAUAUGACGAUGAAGAACAAAUAAAAGUUCCUUUAUUAAAUAGAAAUAUAACUAUUGAAGAAUUAUUACAUU